AUGUUCUCACUUUCGCCUCUGUCGUUUCCGAAUAACAAAAAACAAAACCCAAUUUACGUCAUUAAUCGAUUCUUUUAUUACCCCUUGUGUUUCCUCUUCAUUCUCUCUUUCUUUCUCCAUUGCCUCCCCCCUCAUUUUCUUACGAACUUUUCUUUUUCUUCUUUAUCUAACACUUCUCUUCUUCUUCCUUCCUCAUACUCCUACUCUCUUUCUUUUUUCUUCUUUUCUCUCUCCCCUUCAUUGGGUCCUAUUUUGAGCUUUCAUUUUUUUUUCAAAUCUAUUUCCUUUGCUUUCUUUCUUUCUUUUUUCUUUUUUUCUUUCUUUCUUUCUUAUAACGAGUUUUUUUUCUUUCCUUUUUAUUUUCUUUUCUUACUUUUUUUCUUCUUCCUUCUCUUUUAUUACAUCAUUUUAACUUUUUUUUUUUCUUUCUUUCCUUAUUAUUUCUUUUCUUUUAAGGAUUUUCUUAAUUUUCUUUCUUUCUUUUUUUUUUUUCAUUUUUUCUUUCUUUUCCUUUCUUUCCAUUUUUCUUUAUUUUUCUUUUUCUUUCUUAUACUUUUCUUUCUUUUUCAUUUUAUUUUCUUUUUUCUUCUUUUCUUUUUCCAUUUUUUUUUCUUUCUUUCUCCUUUCCUUCCAUUCUUUCUUUCUUUCUUUCUUUCUUAUACUAUAGGAUCACCAAAUUAUUCUAUUUUCUUUCUUUCUUUCUUUCUUUCUUUCUUUCUUUCUUUCUUAUACUAUAGGAUCACUAAAUCAUUCUAUUUUCUUUCUUUCUUUCUUUCUUUCUUUUUCUGUCGUUCUAAUCUUUCUUGA